GCAUAGGCGCACUAUAGAUAUCCGACCCUCUUAAGGGCGAAGGGCCAUAGCCUCUGUCUCUUCAAAUCAACUUCGCCUUGUAUCCGGCGGUUUCUCUGCUUGGAAAACCACUUUCAGUUAUCACGAAUCUUCAUCGCCGUUCGACAAUGGUUGGGGCCCAUUCCGGAUCGAACUGGCUCGACCGGCUCCGAUCCAAUAAGGGCUUACCGACAAGCGAAAACCUCGACCUCGACCACUUCCUACGCGCCCACGAAAAUGACCUUCCUUCCAGUUCUCCAGCCACGGAGGUGUCGAGUUCUCGGAAUUCGAACUCCUACUCCACUCGGAGUCUGUCUGGCCAUGACCGAUUUCCCAGUCCGAACCGGGAGAUAUCCGGAGAGAAGAAUGGAGACGGUGAGUGGGUCGGCGUAGUCAGCGAUGUUCUGUCGGAGCUUUUCAACAUGGGGGACCCUGACGGAGCUUCCAGAUUAUCUGGGAAAAAGAGUUUCAGGAAACAAACAAACCCUAAAUGUUGCGUCUUUUCUUCGACGAGGUCCCAAAAAUACGAAAAUGUCGGCGCCGCAAUGGCAACAUCGUUGGAUUCUCGCAGUAAUUCGAAGGGAACAAGAGGACAGAAUAACGUCAAUGUGGAUUGCCACGAGGUGGAGGAGGAAGAGCAGGAGGAGGAGGAGGUGGAGGAGGAGAGGGAGGAGCUGAAGGGGUACUCGAGGAAUGAAGUGACGGUAAUUGAUACUAGCUGUGAAGUGUGGAAGUUUGAGAAGAUGGUGUUUAGGAGGAACAAUGUGUGGAAAGUCAGGAACAAGAAAGGCAAGCCGAGGAGUGUUUGGGGGAAGAAGAGAAAAAAUUCUGGGUCUGAGUUCCAUGCCAACCUUGCCGCUAAGAAGAAAUCCAGAGUUUUCAGUGACAAGGAAGCCAAUCAUGGAAUUUGUCAGGAUGAGAAAAGUGAAGACGGCUCCAAGGAGAUACUGGAUGAUCUUAGCCAGACUCACAAGAAGAGAAUCCCAUUCUCCAGAUCACACAAGAAACCAGGAAAGAAUGGCUCAUCAGUUAUCAUGGUAAAAGGUAUUCCUACAAACGAGAAAAGUGGAGCUAAUCUUUCCAAGAGUCAUCCCGAGGAUGCCCAAAAGGAAAACAAAGCUUGAUAGGCCAACCAGCCAAGUAAUAAAUGGAAAACAAUGAGUUGUCUGCUAUACAAGCUUUUUGAGGACACAAGCUUCCCAUGUACGUUUCCCUUCUCAUUGACUCUCUCAGUGGCAGCAGCGGGGGCUACGAGUAUACAUUCAAUCGUCAGCUUGGCAGGUUCAUCACCUUUGGGAAAAAAGAGUGAAAGGAUUUUGGGAUUUUUGGUGGAGUCAAGCUUAGGAUUUAUUUCAACUCUGGCAUCAUGAUUCUUGUCACUGAAACAUGUUGUGAAUAUGUUUUCUCUGUACUCUACAAUGUAUUUUUUUUUGUCACAUGGAAUGGAAUUGAAGCUGCUCAAAGUUGAGUUCAUAUUGUUUUUAAGGAAGCUUAACAACCUUUUUUUUGGGUAAC